GGCUCCAGGGGCCAUGAACGCGAAGAGAAGCCGCGGGCCGCUGGGCCCGGCCAAGCAGGGCAUGCCUGGCGCCUUGCCCGGCAAGGUGGAGAGGGAGAGGGGCGAGAGCGUGCAGGUGGUGGUGCGGUGCCGGCCCAUGAGCCGCAAGGAGGAGGGCCAGGGCCACACGCAGAUCAUCGACAUGUGGCCGCAGCGGGGCAUCGUCCACAUCACCAAGCCGCGGAAGGCGCCGGGCCGGGCGUCGGCGCGCAUGUUCACCUUCGACUCGGUGUACGACUGGAACUCGAACCAAGACGACCUGUACGAGAACACGGUCAAGCCGCUGGUGUACUCGGUCCUGGACGGCUACAACGGCACCAUCUUCGCGUACGGCCAGACGGGCACGGGCAAGACGUACACCAUGCUGGGCAGCCAGCAGCAACAGGGCCAGGGUGCCAGAGAGAAGGGCAUCUCGUCCAAGUGUUUUGAGGACAUCUUCCGGCACAUCGCCUACACGAGCGACCGCACCAGUUACGUGGUGCGCGCCUCCUACUUCGAGAUCUACCAGGAGGAGACGCGCGACUUGCUGAGCCCCGAGCCGGGCCAGGGCCACGGCCAGGGCGACCGCAGGCAGUUCUCCCUGCUGUGGGGUGAGGACGCGGUGCGCGGCGUGUACGUCAAGGGGCUGCAGUCCGUCGUCUGCAAGAACAUCAAGGCCAUCGAGCGCGUGAUGCGCGUGGGCAACGUGAACCGCGCCACUGCGGCCACCAACAUGAACGAGCACAGCUCGCGCUCGCACGCCAUCUUCCAGAUCACCAUCGAGAUGCGGGACGCGGCGCGGCGCCCGGGCGUCAAGCCUGGCCAGGGCCCCCUGACGGCGCCAGUCCAGGGCAGCGGCUUCCGCAUGGGCAAGCUGAACCUGGUGGACUUGGCGGGCAGCGAGCGCCAGUGCAAGACCGGCGCGGUGGGCGACCGCCUCAAGGAGUCCAGCAAGAUCAACCUGUCCCUGUCCGCGCUGGGCAACGUCAUCUCGGCCCUCGUGGACGGCCGGGCCGGCCAGGGGCACCGCCACAUCCCGUACCGCGACUCCAAGCUGACGCAGCUGCUGCAAGACUCGCUCGGUGGCAACUCCAAGGCCAUCAUGAUCGCCAACAUCGGCCCCGCGAGCUACAACUACGACGAGAGCCUCAUGACGCUGCGGUACGCGAGUCGCGCCAAGCACAUCAAGAACAUGCCGACGCGCAACGUGAACGCGCUCGCCUCGCUGGGGGCACGGGUGGCACGGGGGCCGCGGUCGGCGCUCAGUCACUACAACGAGGAGAUGCGCGCCCUCAAGAAGCUCAUCAUGGCGGACAGGAUGGGCGGCAAGGCCGACCCGUGCAGCACCACGACGUCGUCGGCGGAGGACAGC